UCAUUUAACGGUAGAAAUUUAAAAAAUGCGUGCCCAAAAUACAUGAUUGUGCUUACCAUGGAAGACCAGAUGCUCCGAACUAUGGAGGAAGAUAGGUGCUUAAUCAUGUGAUACUGAAGGGAUGUUAUCAUAUUAACACUCUAAAUAUUCUUCAAAGCAGAAUUCUGAACCAAAAGUCAAAUUUUAAUUGAAAAUAAUGGAGGGCUCCAAAAAGAUUUGACACAGAACAAUGCAUGACUCCAAAAAAUCUUGACAGAGAACAAUGGAAGAGCCCAAAAUGUUUAGGUCGGCACAAAAUUUCCAUAUUACCCAACUUUUGGAAGUACCUCAAGGGUUCCUCACGCUGCAAGUUUUAAUUCUAUUUAACCUCAGGGGUUUGUUAAAGGCACCUCACGGAGAUGAUGGCUUCCAAGAGAGAAGCAGACAAUUCAAGGUUCAUUGAUGGUAUUAAGAGGAUGAGAAUCUGCUUGAAUAGCGUUCUCAGAGAAGAGAAAGAAGGGGAUAUUUUUCGAGGAUUUUCAAGUACAAGUAAGCAGCCUUAUACCAACUGGCUCACAGUUGGUAUUGGGCCAUGGAGACAGGAUGGCUCAGGCAAGGGUAAAAUAAUAGUUCCAGAGAUGAAAGGUGAUUCUGGAUCAAGUGGACUUUCUACCAAUUGGCUUACCCUUAAAAUUGGCUCAUGCACAGAGGAUGGAUCAAGCAAGCAUAUAUAUGGUAUGCUUGAGGCCAAGAAUGCAGAGAAGAAAGGGGAGAGUUCAUCAAGUAUAGAGGAUGGCCCAGACAAAAGAGUCAGCUCAUGUAGUGAGGAUGACUCAAACAAGAAAGUAGAAGGCAGGGAAGAAUCAUUUUUCGUAGGUCAUGUUCCAGAGGACAUCUUGAACACAAUAUUUUGCAAACUCCCUCUUCAUACACUGUUCCAAGUUCAAAUCGUUAGCACUUCAUGGCAAAGUAUUAUUUCUAGCUCUACUUACUUUCACAAUCUCUGGGAGCAGAGUAAUGUGCAAAUGUGGCUGGUGAUGGAUCUAAAUGAUGAAACAAGUGGGUGUUCUAAUGGGCUUGCUCUCUAUGAUGUCAGUAGAAGGCUAAGGUAUAUGAAGAUAUUUAAUGAUGAGUCCAUAUGCAGUAACUCACAAUGGUUUCUCAGAGCUGGAGAUGGGGGUCUCUUAGUUUAUAGCUGUAGGAGAAAUGGAACCCUUCGAGUGAUCAAUCCACUGACCAUGCAGUCCCAUUGUCUUGAAGAUGCAAGAUUGACCAGAAAAAGCAAGAUUUCGUUUUACAUGAAAAAAUAUCAUGAUAAUGUGGCUGUGCAGCUCAAGAUUGAUCCAAAGGGGAAGACUUAUCAGGUAAUUCUUAUAAUUGGAAAUCUUUAUCUUCUUAGAAGAAAGAAAUUUACUGUUUUGAUUUAUAGGUCUGCACAACGAAGAUGGGAAAUAAGAGACGCUCAAUUAGAGCAAGGAGUGUAUGGACAUAUGACAAUUUGCUUUUUCCCAUUCAUUUUAACGCAGAACCAAAAAAUAUACUGGUUUUCUAGAAAUGGGGCAGAUGUUGGUACUUAUGAUCUGAAUGGAGAUGGAAAUAUCAAAUUUCGUUAUAUUUUGGGGAGGCAAGAUGUACAAGAUGUGCACCAGACCUUAGGAAUUGUUAGGUGCAGGGGCAGAAUAAUAAUGGUUUGUAAACGUGAACCAAUGAAUCGCCCACCAUUUACACAUGCCUUGCUUUUUUAUGAGCUUGAUGAGCUCCAAAGGCGGUGGAGGCUUGAAUAUGAAGCUAUUGUAUCACCCAAUGGCUAUGUCAGCCAUAUAACUUGUGUUGGGGGGGAUUAUAUUUGGGUAUCUGCGGAAAUCGAGGGCCGUGUCAGCCAUAUAAUUUGUAUAGAUAUAGAUACUGGGGAGCUGAAAAUAUGGCCAGAAGUUUACCCGUGUAUGUUCAAUGUGAGAAACUGUCUAUCCAUGCCACUGAGCUUUUGUCCAUGCUCUUAGAUUUCCUGUCAUUCUGUUGAAGCGGAUAGAAGACAUGGGUAGGAGUACUAUUUCUCCACAUACAAGGAAUGGGUUCAGUUCAUACUUGCCUGUGUUUACAGCUAGUGCUCAACUGGGAGCUUUGAAAGAGGGCAUAGGCAUCCGUAAAAUAAUAUAAAGAGAGGAGUGUCGCCAAAUGGUGUAGCUGCAACACCUGUUGCAGACGUGUGCAAAACAAGUAAGCAUAGACAAAGCACGUGAAUUGUUUGACAGAAUGCCUAAAAGAAUUGGGGUUUCAUGGAAUGUAAUGAUCGCGGGAUAUGCACAGUUUUGGAGUUGUUCAAAAGGCUUUAGAAAUUUUCAAGCAAAUACAAUUGGCAGGAGAGAGACAUCUAUCAAGGCACCAGGAUGAAAAGUUUGUUAGAUGUUAGAGGUACGUUUUCCCUGGUAGACAUGAAGAAGGUCAAAGGUGGAUGCUUGGACAUUACAUGAACAAAUCGAUCUGAUAAACAGACACUUAAUGUAGCAGCUAGCAUAGGUAAACCUUAUCUGCUCUCCCUUACUUGUUCUCAGAUGGAUUCAUGCUAUUGUUUGAUUGGAAAGCACCCUUCUUGAUAUCAAGAAUAAUUGCUAAAUGGUUUCAUCAAACACCUUUUCCUUGUUCCAGGUGAAAAUAUCACAUAUACAUGUACAUAAUUCUUAAAGUGUUGUCUUAA